UGUCCAAAAGACAACAAACAUUAAUGCAAAAUCCUACAGCCAAGCAAAAACAAACAAUAAAAGAAAUUCUAAAAACUUCAGAUUUUGUUACAACAUUCUUGGAUAUUCUUGUUAAUGUUGUUGUUGUUGAUAUUCUUUUCUUUUUUAUCCAAAAAGGGUAUAUCAUGGAUUUAUUUUCUUGGUUUUUUAUUUCCAUUUUCAUUCAUUUUUGGUGCUUUAAUUCAGCUCAAGGACAGAACACAUCCUCCUCAAGUUGCACUAAAGAAUUCCAGUGUGGAAGUCUAGGAAAUUUGAGCUUUCCUUUCUACAAAUCCACUCAACUUGAUUGUGGUUUGUGCAAAGUGGAUUGUGAAGUUACUCCAAAUCCCAUAAUUGAAUUAGAAGGGGUGAAAUAUCAAGCUCUUGAGAAACAUGAUGUUUUUAUCAAACUUAAGGAUUUUACUCUUGAACACUUCUUGAAGAACAAGAGUUGCCAAUCUUUUGAUAGAAAUCUGUCUUUACCAAUUUCUCCUUCAAUAACAUAUAGAGUCAACCCCUUUCUCACUUUGUUCAAAUGCAAUAAUAGCCAGAAGAUACAUGAAGAUGUUUUCAAGUCCACAAGUUAUCAAAGUUACAAUAGCUGUGAAAGUUUCAUAUUAUACUAUAGCCAAACAAUCAAUUAUUUUCAAGGUUUUCAUCUUCCUACUGGCUGUUCAUUCGUUCAGUUGCCCAAGUCGUCGAGUUCAGAAGCUGAAUCAAAUGACUUAUUUGAUCUGUUAACUGAUGAAGUUACACUAGGAUGGACUGUGUCUGAUGAAUGUAAUCAGUGUUAUUAUAGAGGAGGGAAGUGUCAAACUGAUAAUACUACUAAAACAUUUCUUUGUUAUAAUACCAAAGGAAAUACAAAAGUGAAAGUGAUUGUUGCAGUUUCAGCAUUUAUUGGUUUACUUUUUGGACUCUGCACAAUUGCCUCUGUUAUAUGGUUUUGCAAGAGGAGGAAAAAUGAUUCUUCACCAUUUCUUUCAAGAAAUACAUCUGGUGCUUCAAUGCUUCAUCAAGAUCUCGAGGAACAUAGCCAAUAUCUAGGAAUCCCAGUAUUCACCUACAGAGAACUUGAAGAAGCCACCAACAAAUUCAACUCUGCUAAACAACUUGGUGAUGGAGGUUAUGGAACUGUGUACUAUGGGAAACUUAGAGAUGGAAAAGAAGUUGCAGUUAAGCGCCUUUAUGAGCACAAUCACAAGCAAAUGCAGCAAUUCAUCAAUGAAAUUGAAAUUCUUACUCGCCUUAGGCAUCGGAAUCUUGUUAUCCUUUAUGGAUGUACAUCAAGACGUAGCCGUGAACUCUUCCUUGUUUAUGAGUACAUUCCCAAUGGAACAAUUGCUGAUCACCUGCACGGACAUAGAGCAAAGGAUAAGUUACUUACAUGGCCUAUACGGCUCAAAAUCGCCAUAGAAAUUGCUAGUGCAUUGGCUUACCUUCAUGCUUCUGACAUCAUACACCGCGAUGUCAAGACUAAUAACAUUCUCCUGGACAAUGACUUUUGUGUCAAAGUAGCAGAUUUCGGGCUGUCAAAACUCUUCCCUAAUGAUGUUACUCAUAUCUCAACUGCACCACAGGGGACCCCGGGAUAUGUUGAUCCUCAAUAUCAUGAAUGUUACCAGCUUACCGAUAAGAGUGAUGUUUAUAGCUUCGGGGUUGUCCUUGUCGAGCUCAUAUCAUCAAUGCCUGCUGUGGAUAUGAAUAGACAUAUGCACGAGAUUAACUUGGCUAGCUUCGCGAUGAACAGGAUAUUGAAGUGCGCGUUUAAUGAGGUGAUCGAUCCAGCUCUUGGAUUCGAGACAAAUGCUGAAGUUAGGAGGAUGACAACAUCAGUUGCAGAACUAGCUUUUCAGUGCUUGCAAGCUGUGAAGGACAUGAGGCCUAAAAUGGAAGAAGUACUCGAGACGUUGAAGACUAUUAAAGAAGGUGAAUGGAAAAAUUAUCACAGAAAGGAGAUCAGUGGUAAAUGUACUGAGCUUAGAAGGGUAAAAGCGCAUCAUCCUUCUGAAACGGAGGAUGCUGUGUUAUUGAAGAAAAAUAUUCCAGCUUCACCUGAUACUGUGAUUGAUACAUGGGCUAGUAGCUCCACCACUACUAGUACUGGAGGUUGAUAUUAGUAAACUUUUUUUUCCCCUUCAUGUUAGAUAAAUAUCAAGAUUAGUAUAAUGUCAUUUAUAGAGAAAAGAAUUAGCUUGUUUCAGCCUGUUUAAUUGGUUGAUGCUUAAGGCAUAUGUCAUGAACAUAGUAAAUGAAGGUUUUUGAAGUGUUAGUUAUAGUUAAA